GGGAAGGAUCGCGUCGCCGGAGGCUGGGGUGGCCAGUCGCUCUCGACGCGGAGAGAAGUGAGCACGGCCGCCGCUGUGACGGACACGCGCGCACGGACUGAACGUACGGAUUGGUGGCGCUGAGUGGCGUAAAACGCACGAGCUGUUGGAAUUGGAUUGGAGACAUAUCGGCGAAUGUGAAUAUGGAGCUGGUAUAACCCUGGGACAGCGAGCCCCCAGCAGAGAGUUACCUGAGGUCAUAAAGAAGCACUCAAGAAGUCAGCAAAGAUGCCGCCCAAGCCGGGACGGCACCGUGUUCGAGAUUCGUCCAAAGACGGAGGCCGUCGGUCUCGACAGUCGCGCUGGCAUCGGCGACGACGGCGCAACACCUGUCCGGUCAACUACUGCAAUAACGUCGAGGCGGGAUGCGAGGUGGUCGGACCCAACCAGUUCGUCUGCCGAUGUCCGAGGGACACGCACAUUAUCCAGCCUGGAGAGCCGUGCAUCUACACCACGGCGGUGCCGUUCACCACGCCUUCGGCGGAGCUGACGACGACGCCGACCGACGGCGGCACGGCGCCUACGACCACGGAAGUUCCGCUAUCGCCCGGUCAGAGGGCGUGUCAGAACCCGGAGCAGCUCUGCGGGAUGGAGGCUGCCUGCGCCAUAGACGUGCAGACCGGCCGGCACGUCUGUACCUGCCCACACGACCUCUCCCAACCCACUGGUGAUGCCCCAGAGAACUUCAAGUGCAAACGCAACAUCCUGGGCGACGACACGUUUCCGUCUCCUAUUCCGCUGAGCCGCGGCGACCAGGAUGGUGGCGGGGAGGCGCUGUCGACCGCCGGCACGCCGCCGUGGGUGCUGGUGCUGGUUCCGAGCAUCGUCAGCGCCUUGCUGGUUCUGCUCAUCAUAGCCGUCUGCUGGAGACGCCGGUGUGUCAAAAAGGCCGGCUCCAGAGCGGCCAAACGCAAACUCGACGAAACCAAACUGACCAUGCCGAUCACCAUCACCGAAAACAUCGAUCUGGACGACCGGGUGCACUCGAACCCCAAUUACUACCACGAGUCGCCUUCCACCUCGCCUCUGGCCACCAUGAAGGUCGCGCACAUCCUCAAAGAGCAGAUCGCCAACAUGUCGGAGAUCGGCCAGGGACAGUUCGGAAAGGUCUACAAAGGCGUGUACCGUCCCGCGGACGGCGAGCCGGUGAACGUGGCGGUGAAGUUGCUAAAGGAGACGGCCAACGUCGAGCUGCAGGAGGACUUCAUCAGGGAGGUCGAAAUCAUGGCCAGCUGUCAGCACGGCAACAUCGUCAGCCUGUUGGGCGUGCUGGUGCAAGAAACGGGCGUCACGCCUUGGAUGGUGUUUGAGUACAUGGCUUACGGAGAUCUGGCUGAGCUGCUCAGAAAGAACGCGCCCAAGUGGGGCAGUCCUCAGGGCAGCGCGCUGGACAUGAGCACACUCCACGGAUUUGCUGAACAAGUGGCCUCAGGAAUGGAGUACCUGGCCUCGCAGCACUUUGUGCACCGCGACCUCGCCUGCCGCAACAUUCUCGUCGGAGAGCACAUGAUAGUGAAAAUCUCCGACUUUGGCAUGAGCCGCGACAUUUACACGUGCGACUACUACAAGGUGGCUGGAGGCUCUCGCAUGCUGCCCGUGCGCUGGAUGGCACCGGAAAGCAUCAGUUACGGCAAGUUCACACUGGAGUCGGACAUCUGGAGCUACGGAGUGGUUCUGUGGGAAAUCUACGCCUACGGCAAGCAGCCCUACUACGGUCACACCAACAAAGAGGUGGUGAGCAUGAUUCUGCAUCAUAUCCUGCUGGUGCCCCCGGAGAGCUGUCCAAUGGCUGUGUGUGACGUAAUGGACUCAUGCUGGCGCUCUGAGCCGCGCGACCGGACCAACUUCUCCGAGAUCGUCCAGAAACUGGCGCGCAUGCGCGACACUAUGAAGGGUCACAGGUACGCAAACAUGGAGGCAGUACCCUACACCGAAGUUCAGCUCGACCCGGAGCUGGCCAAAAUCGAGGCCGACCUGGUGGCUCUCGGCCUGGGGGACGUUGCAGCCCCACUUGACGAGGACAUGUACCUGCGACCCAACGCGGCCACCACCGGCCACGACUACAUCCAGCCCAUUCCGUGAGGAGCGCCGCCGCCGCCGCCGACGGCCGCUAACUGGACACUCCAUCAUCUCUAUGGCUUCUCCGAGCCAGGUCUCGCGCAGCACGGCCGCAGCGAACUCUGCAUGAGAGGUUUUCAAUGUGCGCUGUCUCAUGGAACACACCCGAAUGGCGGCUCGUUAUGGAAGUUCCGUGACUUGGUGACGUCACUGGUCAGUGACGUAGUCCCUCUCCGUCCGGAAAUGUCGAGCACAGUUCGCUGUGGACGCGUCGUGGCACCGCGGGAACGAACCUACAUCUCACGGCUGGCCAACCCCACAGCACGGCGGGCCAAUUUCCUUGCCGCGUCGGAGCCUUUUCUCGUCGCAGCGGGCGAGAAAGAAGAAGCCACGCGUGAACCGUGCCGCGUGAUUGCAAUCGAUUGUGAUCCGCGGCUGGGUGUGCUAUUUUCGCCCCGCUCCUGGUGUCACGUCGGUCACAUGAUUGUAACACGUCCCUUUGUUCGGCGAUGAGCGGCGCUACCUCAACAGAGCUGGGUGUGCGGAAUGAACUGCGACGGUGUCGAUGGUGGUUGACUUUCCGACGGACCGUCUUCAUGACGUCAUGGAGAACUAGCUGACGCCCUGGUGACGUCAAAGUGCGUCAGAAGCGUUCGAGUUGCGAGAGGGAUGGCGACGCAUUUUGCUUCUGCACAACGUGCGUCCGUGUGCAGUUUCCAAGUGAACUGGUAGAACGAAAUACUGAUGAUCCCUUGGGGCAGCCGCGCUUGCCCUUGUAUAUACAGUUUGUAUACGCGCGAGAACAACCUGAGAUGUGAGCCAGCCUCGCAACUGGUUUCAAAGUUCCAGCUUCUUGCCAUUUGUUUUAGUGGACUCCAACUGACGUGUUUGUGUCGAUCACAGUGAUAAGAUGUACGUGUUUGCGAUUAAUUGUACAUAGUUGAAUGGGUGCCCUGUUCCUGCCAUGAAGUCAAAUCUCAAAAGAUGUUCGAUAUCUCAGAAAUGUCGAAGGAGUUUUCAGUAUAUGGGGAAAACUACGCCGCGUAUGAAUGCUAAGCUGUUGUUGAUGUACCUAAACCUGUUACAAUGUUUAGUGGUGGGAUGUCGUUCUGAUGUCAUAUUGUGUCUGCAGCAAAUGGACUAUCACGUAUAGGAUUUUUAUGAAAACAUUCCUUUCCGUUACAAAACUUAGGACUUGGCGGUAAGCACUGUACAUUGAGAUAUAAGUCGUCCAGUCAGUCUUUUGAUCUAGCGUUAUCAAUCAAGUUUCUUCAUAUAUUACAUUUCAAACAUCUAAUCUUCUGACGACUAACUCUAUUGCCGUCCAAUGACCAGCUGUAUGUGAUGAAAGGACAAUGAAUGCCUCACUGAGCUCAAAGUUUGCGACAGCUUUGAUUGCCCUCUGUUCAACGUUCUUUUGAAAUCGCACCAACUAUUUCGUUUCAACAAAGCUAAUGAAGAAACGACGAAGAAAGCUAUGCGCAGUAAGUUUUUGUUACCAUUCCCUUCAGCUCCGCCGUACCAUUUACAACAAUAAAUGGUAUUUACAUCAGUAAAUGGUUCUCCUUUAAUCUGUUUUCGAAGCGACACCGACCACUUCAAAACCUCUCUUCGCGAACAUUGUAAGAUUAUCAGGAAGACUUUGAGCUGAAAUGCCUGGUUAUGUCAUUAGAUCAGGUUUACUCUGUGCCAGUCGAAUUUCCAAUAUUUUCCCUACUCUGUCCGCCGCUCUCAAUAAUUAGCUUUUUGUAAAUAUCUGCAUAUUCAGAUGAUUAUAAGUACCUUGCUUCAGCAGACUGAGAAACUCUUAAUGUUGAUUUAGUCGCAACAUGACUAACUUCCAUUGUCUGUUGUCCAUUGUCUGAAAAAGGAGCUACAGCCUAUUUGGCUGUCCCUAAAUCGUCUCACUCAGGUACUUAACCCUAUUCCUGGCGGGCUCCGCCGGGACAAGAAACUGGCGGGGGGGGGCCGAUUCGGCCCCCCCCCCUGAGAUCUCGAGAACGAAGCAAGAUAGCGACAAGCGGUAAACGGCAUCGGAUACGCACGGCCAAGAUCUACAAUUUUUACUAAGGUCAUUUUCAGGUCAGGUCAAAGAUUACGUCACAGGGGUCGAAAAAGUCAAAAUGGCGGCACUAGAUAUGGAGAGAGUUUUUCUCGAAUAACUUUCGAAUUAGUCAAGAUAGGAACAAACUAAGGGCAUCAUCGUGAUCCUCUCGUCAAUCCGCAUCGAAUGAUAUAUAUGUUGACCUCGAAAGGUCAAGGUCAAAGGUUGACCUCAGGUCACGUGACCUCGAGGUCAUCAUGUAUAUCAUUCGAUGCGUCUUCACGAGCUGAACACAAUGAGACCAUCCACGCGUCUGUAUCUUGUUCCUGUACGGAGUUAUUGGCCAAAAACCUUUGGUGACCUUUGAUGACGUCACAUGACCUCACAGCUGCCCAACAGCAAAACAGACCUCAAGGUAGUGAAGGUUGAUCGUAUAUGAAGUCAUGUAUGGUAUAUGGGGCCAUUCCGACCCGUUUUAGUGGUAAAAACAGGGAGUUGAUUUUUCCCCCAUUGACUUAUAAUGGGGAGGUCGCGAAAUUGACCUGACCUUAGGUCACCGAUAUCAAAAUUCCGAGAUAUACAAAUUGCACAUACUGGUACUCUAACUAAACCCUGAAGAGAAGAAAUUGAUCGGUCAAAAACUCUAGCUCUGGCGUGAUUGCAAACUUUUCUGAGGUAGGGUCACCAAACCGCCUCUGGUGACCUGACCUGAGGUCAGAUCAACUCAAAAUUUUCAGACAUGUUGCGUAGAAGCCUUUUAGGAAAAGUCAGAAAAUUUGAGCUUCCUAGCUCAACGCGUUUGGGAGAAAUAACCAAAAAACCUCAGGGGGGCUCCUGAGGCCCCCCCCCCCCCCGCCAGGAAUAGGGUUAAAACAAUUGAAGCAGUGCUGCUUGGAGUUGUUUGAUAUGGAGCCACGCGGCUGUGCAUGGGUAUAUUCUCUUGGGCUGUGUCUCCGACAACCAUCGUUUCGCUACGACUCUGGGGUCGGUAAUACAUGCUCUCGGACGUCCGUUCACGACGGCCACGACACUCUGAUUACUCUGAACGAUAAACGAUGCUAUCUGGAGGCAGGACUUGAAUCCACAUUCCCUGUUAAUGUGUACUUAAGCAUAAGAGAUUUCCUGAGAAGUGGAGUGGAUUGCGCAUGAUGUGUAGAUAUGUUGUUGAGCUACUAUCACAAAUGUGCGACGUGGCGCUAUUUUGGCAUAGGUGUAAAGUGGUUUGUACGAUAUGCGUAGAGAGAAGUCGUGUUUGAAAUAUGAAUAUUGGAUAGUUAUGAAAGUUUUUAUUGAAACUGUACAGCUAAAUGGGCAUUGAUGAUGUGCUAAUUGUUCUAAUAGUGUCAUGUCUGAGAGAGAACAUGACCAUCAUUAACUCGCACUAACAUGCGUGCAUUGUCGACAUGUGAAAUUUGAAUGCUCUGUUAUGAUAUAGUAGUCACUAGUCAGUCGUGCCAAGCGAGAAAAGAGAAGAUUUAAAGGUGCUACUAAUAUCAUUAGCGAGAUGGCGUGGUGCUGAUAUGGUAUGCUGAUUGUAUCUAAGGCAUGAGUUGCCGAGGACCGACUACCAUUGAGUGUGUCUACGUACUUGCAUGCUGAUGUUUAACAGAUGAUAACUGACUGUCCGGCACAAACAUGUAUGUAAGCGUGUGGUAUGUAAGGUUUCGCAAGAACAUUACAUCAUGUUGAAAUUUUAA